AUGCCCCUCUUAAAGAGGCCCGCUAUGAUCAUGGCAAAAGCCACGGCCAAGAAGCAAAAGAGCAAGCAUGAGCAAGAGGAGGAGCCUGAGGUUCUAAAGAAGCCCGCCCUGAAGCAGGACGAUUUGGCUCUUGUGCCCUCUGAGAGCCUUCAGGUCAAGAUUGAGCGCCUUCAGAACUCCACGAAGGGCUUGGAGCUCGAGGACACGGAGAAUCAGUUCAAAAACUUUUUCGAGUGGUCGCUGUGGAAGCAGUUCGAAAACGACCGCUUGGCCCUUGGUGGAUCUCGAGGCCAGCAGGUGCAAGAGCAGUAUGGCAGCAUCCGCGGAAAUGGCUCGGAUGCGAAGAAGAAGAAACUUCUGAAGACCUACCUGCUGGGGGGCGGCUUCAAGGAUGCCUACUUUGCGAUGAGUGCCACCUACACGAAGAGCAUCUCUCAGGAAGAGGAGUCUUCCUAUGUGCCAUGGAAGACAGCCCUUGACUAUUAUGGCCUCUCCGAGUUGAAAGCUCGCAUCAUGUCGGGCACCUUGCACGCAAGGAAGUGUCCCAAGGAUCCUAGGUUCUGGGAAGUGAGUAAGGAGGUGUCCAGAAAGAAGGACACAACGAGCUUCGACAGCAAAAUCUCCGGAACUGCCUCCGCUUCCAAAGGCAAGAAGUUGGAUGAUCUCAAAAGCUUCAUCGAGGCUGGCCACAAGAACCCGCUGCAGGACAUGGGCAUGGAGAACUUUACGUUUUCCGACGACGAUGCCAGCGAGAAGGAGGACGAUGCUGCCAUGGACCCCGGCUUGAAAAAGCUGCUGGGCAUCAAGGAGUCCCCCAAAGACCCCGUUGACAUGCUCGAGACUGCUUCGGUCGCUUUGUCUACGAAGGUCACGGACUCGAAGACCCAAGUCAAGGUGAAGCAGGCCCUUUCUGUGACGAAGGUGGUCGUUGCGAGGUUCGAGAAGCAAAUCUCCGAAGCAAGCUGUAGCCAAAAGGCGAAGCUCAUCAUGACUAACAUGAUGAAAGAGAUCAAGAAGACUUAUGCUGAGCUAGAGGAGGGCUCGAAGCAGAGAAAGCUGCACAACGCCGAGAAGAAGUGUGUGACCCUAGCCAGCCUUUUGAAGAAGCUGAAGGCGAAGCUAGCUGAGGAGUAG